AUGCCACAGCAUCAGCUCCCAGAUAGCUUGAGUACAAGGCAGCCACCUCCAUUUCCCCAACGUUUUCAGAAGCAAAAGUUGGACUCUCAAUUAAAAAAGUUCCUAGACAUCUUGAGGCAGCUACAUAUUAACAUUCCCCUUGUCGAAGCCCUAGAGCAAAUGCCCAACUAUGUGAAGUUCAUGAAAGACAUCCUUACAAAGAAGAGAAGAUUGGGGGAAUUUGAGACAGUGACUCUUACCAAAGAGUGUAGCUCAUUCUUGAAAAACAAGCUGCCACCGAAGAUGAAAGAUCUUGAGAGUUUCACCAUUCCAUGCACCAUUGGUAAUUCUUAUUGUGGCAUGGCUUUAUGCGAUUUGGGUGCAAGCAUUAACUUGAUGCCAAUGUCUAUUUUCAAGCAAUUGGGGAUUGGAGAAGUUAGGUCUACUACAGUUACUCUUCAGUUAGCAGAUAGAUCUCUUGCUCAUCCGGAUGGGAAGAUUGAAGAUGUAUUGGUAAGGGUAGACAAAUUCAUAUUCCAUGCUGAUUUUAUUGUGUUAGACUAUGAGGCAGACAGAGAGGUGCCCAUUAUCUUGGGGAGGUCGUUUCUUGCAACAGGAAGAACUUUAAUAGAUGCACAGAAGGGGGAGCUGACUUUGAGGGUCCAAGAUGAAAGGUGA